AUGGCGUCCAUGGAGUACGAGAAUGACAACGGACGUUACGACGACGAACCACGCUAUGAACGUGAGCGAAGCGCAUCUCCGCGACCCACGAAGCGCGAUGAUGACUAUCGAAGCGGUCGUGAUAGGAGUGCCUCGCCUAAUGAUCGCAUGGAAUCAAGAGGGCCACCGCAGAAUGGUGGAGAGUCUGUGAACCCAGGCUCUAAUCUCUUUGUCACUGGCAUACAUCCCCGCCUGAAUGAGGCUGAGGUAUCACGAUUGUUCGAAAAGUACGGUGUUGUCGAAGGCUGCUCCAUCAUGAAAGAUCCACACACGCAUGAGUCUCGUGGCUUCGGGUUUGUGAAGAUGGUAACUGCUGAAGAAGCGGACGCCGCGAGAGAUGGCCUUCAGGGUGAAGUCAUCGAGGGUCGCACUCUAAGCAUCGAGAAGGCAAGACGUGCCCGUCCACGAACCCCAACGCCAGGCAAAUAUUUCGGACCUCCCAAACGAGGUUAG